AUGACGACCGCGCCCCCAGGAGGCCUCCCAGGGGCAGUGUGGACCCUCCUAGGGACGGUGGGGAACCUCCCAGGGGCGGUGGCGCACCUAAGGGUCCUCGCAGGUGGCGCCAAGAGGGACCUCCCAGGGGUGGCGACGCUGCCUAGCGAGGACCAGAAGCGGCAGACCCCUCACCCAGGGGCGGCAGAGCCUCCACCUCCUCCCAGGGGCACUGAACACCCCAGAGGCCUUCGCAUUAGUGGUAAGUCCCUCACAAGGGCGAUGGUGCCCCCACAGGAAGCAGAAGCCCCCAGGGGACCUCCCAGGGGUGGUAGCGCCUCCAAGAAAAUUGUUACGGGUGGUGGCACACCACGUGGCCCUCCCAAGAGCGGCAUCGACCCCAGGAUCCCUCCCAGUGGCAGAGGCGCCCCCAGGGGGCCUCCCGGGGGCGGCGGGAGCUCUACCAGGGGUGUUAGCACACCCAAGGGUACUCCCAGGGUUGGUGAUGCUCACAUAGUUCCUCCCACGGGCAUUUUAAUCCCCAGGGGCCCUCUAAGAGGUGGCGUUGCCCCUCCCAAGGGCAUUGGCCACUUUAAGAGCAAUACCAGGGACGCUAGCGCCCCCAGGUGCCAUUCUAGGGGCGGCGACGCCCUCAGGGACCCUCCCAGGCCUGGCGAAAAUCCUAUGGGCCCUCCAGGGACCUGCUGGGUGCGGCGGCGCCCAAGGAAUUCCCAGGGGCGGCUUGCACCUUAUGGUCCUCCCAAAGCGCGACAAGUCGCCCCCAGGGUCCUCCUUAAUGACGACGGCGCCCCCCAGGGAGGCCUCCCAAGGCAGUGGGGACCUCCAGGGCGCGAUGGGGACCUCUCAUGGGCGGUGGUGCACUUAAGGGUCCUCCCAAGGUUGGAGGCGCUCUCACAGGGCCUCCUAGGACAGCGACUCUUCCCGCCUCUCAGCGGUGCGGGCAUGCCAGGGGCCUCCAUUGGUGGCGGGCCCCAAGGCAUCUUCAAGGACGCACCCUCCCUGAGACUGGUGGCACCCCUAAGAUCCCUCCCAGGAAGCAAGCAGCGCCCUGGGCAGCACUCCCUCCCAGGGGUUGACGCCCUUAGGCGCCCUCUUAGGGCUGGCAGCAUUCCUAGGGUCCCUCCAGGUGCACCAGUGGUUCUCUUUUGGGCAGUGGCGCCACCAGGGGCCCUCCCAGGGGCAAAGUCGUCCCCAGAGGCCCUCCUUAGGGGCAGUAGGACCGCCAGCAGCUCUCACACGGUCACUGGCGUCCCCAAGGCCUCUUCCAGGGUCGGUGGCGCCAUCAGGGGCCCUCUUUUGGGCAGUGGCGCCUCAGCUGCCCUACCAGGGGCUUCCCUUCCUGGAAACCCUAUAGCUUGCUUGGUUAUGGUGCCGAGAACUGCUUGUUGCAGUGGCGCCAAGAGGGGACCUCCCAGGGGUGGCGACGCUGCCCAUGAGGACUCAUAG